AUCACCUCUGUCACCUGCCGAGGUGCCCAGGGCCGCCCCCAGCUGCCGCCUUUAGCGGGUCCGGUGUCCCCGGGUGUCCCAGGUGAAGGGGCGGCUCCACCUCGUCCCUCCCCUCGGCGCCUUCCUUGUGCCCGUCACUGGGGAUUAGCGCAGGGACAGCCCCGGGCUUGGGGACAGGCACAGGGGACAGGGCCACCCGCCACCUCGCCUGGAUGUAGGAGGCCUGGCCGAGCGGCGAGGACCGAGGGUGACAUCCCCCAUCCCAGCGGUGGGCGAGGACGGGAACCCCCCCGCGCCCCCCCGGCCUUUGGGGGCACCAUGAAGGACCGGCUGGAGCAGCUCAAGGCGAAGCAGGAUGCAGAUGACGAGGAGGAACUGGAGAUCGCCGUGGACAACACGGCAUUCAUGGAUGAGUUCUUCUCAGAGAUUGAGGAGACCCGGCAGAACAUCGACAAGAUCUCAGAAAACGUGGAGGAAGCCAAGAAGCUCUACAGCAUAAUCCUCUCAGCCCCCAUCCCAGAGCAGAAGACCAAAGAUGACCUGGAGCAGCUGACGGCAGAGAUCAAGAAAAUGGCCAACAGCGUCCGUAACAAGCUGAAGAGUAUGGAGAGGAACAUCGAGCAGGACGAGGCACGAUCCUCCGCUGACCUCCGGAUACGCAAGUCCCAGCACUCGGUCCUGUCCCGCAAGUUCGUGGACGUCAUGACCAAGUACAACGAGGCGCAGGUGGAUUUCCGGGAGCGGAGCAAGGGCCGGAUCCAGCGCCAGCUGGAAAUCACCGGCAAGAACACGACAGAUGAAGAGCUGGAGGAGAUGCUGGAGAGUGGGAACCCCUCCAUCUUCACCUCGGGGAUCAUGGACUCGCAGAUCUCGAAGCAGGCGCUGAGCGAGAUCGAGGGGCGGCACAAGGACAUUGUGCGCCUGGAGAGCAGCAUCAAGGAGCUCCACGACAUGUUCGUGGACAUCGCCAUGCUGGUGGAGAAUCAGGGAGCCAUGAUAGACCGCAUAGAGAACAACAUGGACCAGUCCGUCGGAUUCGUGGAACGGGCCGUGGCCGACACCAAAAAGGCUGUGAAGUACCAAAGUGAGGCCAGGAGGAAGCUGCUGAUUUUGGUGGCAGUGGCCGUGCUCUUGCUGGGGACAGUUGCCCUGAUCAUUGGACUCUCAGUGGGGCUGAACAUGAAAUAGCCCCUGGGGCGGGAGUCUAUGCUCCCGACCAUCCCAGCGAUGUCACCUCCCGGCGUGAUCCUCCCCGGCACUGAUCCUGGACCCCUCCUCUCCCUGCUCCUCCCGGACCUGCUGCUCCCAGCCCUCCGUGUCCCGAUUCCCGCCCGUCCUGCCGCUCCCUGGGAUCUGUCCCUCAUGUCUCCACGGAAGGGGACAGGACUCCGUCCGUGGGGACGCGGCCACUGCUGCCUCAGCCCCAGCGAGGGGUGACAAGGACACAAAUCCCAGGGCUGGACGCUCACCCGCGCGGGCAUCCCGGUGGAAUGAGGGCGGGGAUACGGACAGGACAAGGGGUUUGUUGUCACCGUGUUGUGACAGAUGGAGCUGUCGGGGUGCCUGUCCCCUCUCGGUUUCUAUGUCGGGGCGGGAGGAUGUGUUGAUCACGGAUAUUUAACUCCCGUUGUAAUAAAAUCCCGCUGAUCCUGCCCUGCGCCUCCUCUCGGUGCUGGCACCGGGAACACCCGAAGCCACCGGCACGGCUCCGGCUCGGCUCUCGGUGUCCGGGGAUUUGGGGGCUGGACCGGCCCCGUGUCCCGGUGCUGUAGGACACGAGGGGGAAGCGCGGGGCUGGGGACACUCCCAAAUCCCGGGCCCUUCCAGUCUGCCCCCCCACCAAGUUUUUGGGUAAGUCACAGUGUUUGCCCCUGUCCUAGGGCACGCUGGCACUGUCACCUCCCUGUGCUACACAGAACCAGCUCACACCUGCCCUGUCACCUUUCCUGUCCCCUCCCCAGCCCUGUCCUUGUCCCUUGCACUCUGUCCUUUCUCCCCACUCCACAGCCCCCAUCCUUGUUGUCCCCCUUCCCAGUACCAUUCUUAUCCUCUCUCCCCCUCCCCAGCCCAUUCCCUGUCCCUAUCCCCCUCCCCAGCUGUGUCCCUGCCUCACAUUUCCUGUCUCCCCGAGCAGAAGAAGAUCUUGAUCAUGGUGUGCUGCAUCAUCCUCGUCAUCAUCCUGGUAUCCAGCAUCGCGAGCAUCUUUGCCUGAGCCCCCCACCCGCUGCCCUCCAGGUGGCCUUUCCCCCUCCUGCCCCCCUGCCCGGAUGAUCCAUUGGAGAGACCCCGGCCGAGCCCUGCUUCCCGGAGCCCCGAGGACAUCCCAUGUGUCCCUGGAGGAGCGGAGCCCGCCCACAGCACUCCCUGCUCCCCUCCCAGCGCCAAGCUCCUCCCGCUCCUCCUCCACUCGGGUGACAGUGGGUGACCAGCAGCCCCUCCUCGGUGCACGGAGCGGCCGGAGGGGCCGUGUCCCUCUCGGGGGAAGACACAGGGCUCUGCCUUGCCGGGGCGGCCGGAGGAGCCUCUUCCUGUGCUUGGAGCUCCUUGGAUGUGCAGCCACCCAUGCUGGAGCCUUCCUCCUCAAUAAAGAGCUCACCCACACUCUGCCUCCUGGCUCCAACCUGACCCAAGGAUCUCUCAGGAUGCUUGCAGCUCUGAAAUCCACUUCAGGAUAGAGAGCCUCGUGCUUCAAACCCUGAUCCGUUUAUCC